CUCAAAAGUCACCGUUCUUCGGAUCUUUUCCUGCAUUUUCGUUCCUUUUUUGACGAGACCUUCUUUUGGGAGAGACAUCAGCCUCGUUUGAUUCUUCUCCAUUGAAACACAAGGACUUGGGCCAGUCAGAAAUACAGUCUCAAGUGGUCAGUUGCUUGACGAUUGUAAGAUUUUCGAAUUCUUCCUCAGCGCUCAGCCCAUGUUCUCCACAAAAUAAUCGCAAAGGACCAAAGUCUAGAGCAGGACCACCGAGGGACACAAUGGUUGAUCAGCCGCUUGCGUUCAUUCCGUCCGUGAAAUCUAUGUUUGCAGCAGGUCGCGAUCCAUCAACCGCUUUCAAAGACAUACGUUCACCUUCUAAAUUGCGAAACCGUAUCAGGGCACAAAAGAGGAAAUAUUUCGACUAUCGCUUUGUCAAUGCCGGCCAGGUGUCUCAACCACACUAUGCUGCGUCUGAGCAUUAUGCAUUUUUCGCACCCACGUUCCCGGCAGACCUGUCUACUUGCCAGACCGUGAAUCUCACUAAGCAGCAGCUGUUCAAAGAAGCCCAGUUCACAGCGCCAUUAUACAGGAAAGGCUCAUGCGCUUGCUGCCGAUCAUGGCGGGCUCGUGAUGCCGAAUGGAGGAAGAGAGCUGCCCGAGAAGAGGCAUAUAAUUGGAAUAAGAUCAAGCUUCACCAAGAUUUCUCUGACGUGUCAGGCUGGGACUGCACGAAGUACGAUGAGCUGGCAUACCAAGACGUCGAGGAUUACUGGGAUGAGGUGUACUGCCACAGCUGCGAACUGUGGGAAACUGAAUUUGGAGCUCCCAACCUGCUUCCUGGAUAUGAGGGAGACGAACUGCAGACGGUGUACGACCUAGAGUCACUGGUAAUCAAUGCAUUAGCAGGUCUCGGAAAGCCCGUGGAAGAGGAAUUUGGGUGGGAAUAUCUAGCCAUGGAUGAGUGGGAUUCUCCAGAGUUACCUUGGGUCAGUGACCAAACUGAUGUCGUUGAGGAGGAGGAUGACUUCGAAUUGUUGUAA